AUGGCGGAAUCCGUUGCGGAGGUCGAAUUCACAAUGCCCCAUGUCGAGAGUUCGAAAUUUCCUUACCUGUUACCAUCAAAACAUAAAUUGACCCGUUUGAUUGUACUUCAUUACCAUCAAAAAAUACUACAUGCUGGAGUAAAUUCUACAAUUACUUAUAUACGACAGAAGUAUUGGAUACCUGCUAUUCGUCAAUGUGUAAAGACAAUUCUUCGCAAAUGUGUCACUUGCCGGAAGGUAGUGGGCCAAGCAUACUCACCCCCAGAUCCUCCUCCAUUACCCAGAUAUCGAGUAGAAGAUACCGUGCCAUUUACAGUGACAGGUGUAGACUUUACAGGCGCACUUUAUGUCAGAACUAAAGACGGAAUGGAAUCAAAAGCAUAUAUUUGUUUAUUUACGCGUGCCUCCACACGAGCGGUGCACUUAGAACUCGUGCCAGAUUUGACAGAAGACUCCUUUCUACAAGCAUUUAGAAGAUUCAGCAGCCGAAAAUCUUUACCACAUGUCAUGAUCUCUGAUAAUGCUUCAACAUUUAUGGCUGCAUCCAACCAUAUAACACGUUUGUUCGAGUCCCGACAUGUACAUGACACACUUACAAGUCAUGGUACCACGUGGAAAUUUAUUCCUAAGCGUGCACCUUGGUAUGGAGGAUGGUGGGAAAGGUUAAUUGGACUCACAAAGACAGCUCUCAAGAAAACCCUAGGCCGUACCUACGUUACAUACGACUCUUUGCAGACUGUCAUAACCGAGAUAGAAGCCGUUAUGAAUGACCGUCCGUUAACAUAUGUCUCGUCCGGCAAUCGCCCAGAACCAGAACCAUUAACACCAGCCCAUCUUUUAUAUGGUAGACGCAUUACCACAUUACCGUAUCAUGACACUGUUGAUGAAACGGACCUAAGUUUGAGCAUUGGGAAACAACAGAACAUUACACACAACGUGCCAGAGUUCAGAUUAAAAUCAUAG